UUGGGUAACUUUUAGAAAUCUUUGGUAAAAUUUAAAAAAAAAAUCUUUAGUUACAAAUUGAGAACCCACGUGGAUGAUUAGUCCAUCAACUGACCGCAAAGAAGUCUCGAAUAAGGCUCUUGAAGACACCGGCAGCCAUUGCGUGGAUAUUACAAGUAAACCGAAGCCAAACAGAUUGGCAAACGGGUGCCCAAGAAGAUAAUGAACUUUACGAAUCCAGAGGAGGUGGAAUUCAGCUCGUUCCAGGGAGCGCAGGAAUGUGACCAGGCAUCCGCAUUUGGCGGCGACUUCGACUCCUUCGGCCACUCCUGCUUCACCCACUACGGCUGUCCCAGCGAUAUGAGCGACAGGAUGGGCCGUGGACGGGGUCACCAGCCCGGUGGGAUCCCCUCAUCCACCACCAGCCGCAUUCCCCGGUGCGCCUCUAGUCCGCGCCAAAUGUCCCACUCGCCCAAGCCCAACUACUCCUUUCGGCCGCUGUUUCACGAGAGGACCAGCACCGAGGACAACUCCGUGCUCACCCAGGAAUUGUGGAAACUGGCGCGGAAGUCGGGCACCCUGAAUCUCUCCAACAAGGCAUUGGCCAGAGUGCCCGAACGACUCUACGACAUCAACGAGGCGGAUGCGGAUAGCAAGGCCGCGAAUCUGGAACAGCUAACAAUCAAAGAGGAGGACGCCUGGUGGAACCAAGUGCCAUUAAACAACCUGGACCUGAGCUCUAACACCCUCAUGCACUUAUCGCCUAAGAUCGAGAACCUGCAGUCGCUGACCGUGCUUACACUGCACGAUAAUGCUUUGGUGGAACUGCCGCCAGAAAUCGGGAAGCUGGAGAAGCUAAUGCGGCUAAAUGUAAGCCACAACAAGCUUAGCCAGUUGCCCCGUGAGUUGUACAGUUUGCCGGAGCUGCGGCAUCUCAACAUCUCGUACAAUCAGUUCAACGAAAUCGAUCCGGACAUUAGUGACCUUCACAUGCUCGAGUUUCUGGACGGCGGGCAUAACAACAUUCAAUCCCUGCCCGGCGGCAUUGGGUUCCUGGUGCGCCUAACUGCGCUUCUGUUGCCCUACAAUCAUGUCAAGGAACUCCCGCCCGAUCUUGUUAACAUGCGCUCUUUGCAAAAGCUUGAUCUGAUGCAAAAUGACCUGACCUGCUUGCCAGAGGAUAUGGGGCUGCUGAGAAAGCUGGAAUGCCUUUAUCUGCAGCACAACGACAUCCUGGAGCUGCCCGAGUUCGAGGGCAACGAGACCUUGAACGAACUGCAUGCCAGCAAUAACUUUAUAAAGACCAUACCAACAGCUAUGUGCAGCAACUUGCCACACCUAAAGAUACUCGAUUUGCGGGACAACAAGAUCACCGAACUGCCGGAUGAACUCUGCCUGCUGCGCAAUCUGAACCGUCUGGAUGUGUCCAACAAUACGAUUAGCGUCUUACCAGUCACCUUGUCUUCGUUGGCCCACUUGAUCAGUCUGCAGGUGGAGGGAAAUCCCAUCAAGACGAUCCGUCGCGACAUUCUGCAAUGUGGAACGACACGGAUUUUAAAGACGCUGCACGAAAGAGCAUUGGCCAAAUCCAAGGAGGAGGGAGCUGGAUCCGAUUGUGCCUCCACAUCGGCGGGCAUCAGUGUAACCCGUUUGCGUGCUGGCCAAUCGGACGACGGUGAUAUGCCCACAAAUUUUCCGGAUAGCUACCACCAGCCACAGUUCCAAUAUCAGUGUGCAUAUUCAUGCCAGCAACAAACUCCGCAACCUUUCUGUGCUUAUGAACCGAUUAGGAAUUGCAGGGAAUUUCAUAGCCAGGCCCAGCCACACAUUUAUGAGCCUGAGAGCUAUGAGCAGCAGCACCAAAAUGGCCACCUAGGAUCACUUUUCGUGCAACAGCAGCAUCAGCGAAUACAAUAUCCCUAUCCGAGCUGCUUUAUGUACCAGCAGCAGCAACAACAGCAGUUUACCUAUGGCCAGAACGAAUCCUCUCGCUUAGCUGUGGAUCCUCGUUGGGUAUACAAAUUACGUCAUACACGCACAUUAGCUGUCAAUCUGGAGGAACUCACUGUAGUGCCCGACCAGGUGUUUCAAAUCGCCAAAAAUGAGGGAGUGCAUGUGGUGGACUUUGCGCGCAACCAGCUGAGCACCUUGCCCAAUGGAUUGCAGCACAUGAAAGAUCUGGUAACGGAACUGGUGCUGUCCAACAAUCUUAUCGGCUAUGUGCCACAGUUCAUCUCCCAGUUCACUCGUAUUACAUACCUUAACUUGUCUAACAAUUUGUUAACUGAUCUGCCAAAUGAGUUCGGUGUCUUAAACACUCUGCGUGAGCUAAACAUUGCAAACAAUCGUUUUCAGCUUAUUCCCAACUGUGUGUAUGAGUUACAAGGCCUGGAGAUCCUUAUAGCCAGUGAGAACCACAUCAAAGUGUUAAAUGUGUCGGGUCUGAAAAGCAUGCCUCGUCUGAGCACAUUGGAUUUGCGCAACAACGAUAUUGAUGCGGUGCCGCCCAUUUUGGGUAAUCUAACCAAUAUAACCCACUUGGAACUGGUGGGCAAUCCUUUCCGCCAGCCUCGCCACCAGAUCCUGAUGAAGGGCACCGAUGCAAUCAUGUCCUAUUUGCGCGAUCGCAUACCCACAUAGAAGAGCAAUCUACACCGUUCUUGAGCAACACUUCACAAGCAUUAUAUUUAUUUUUACGAAAAGCGUAACCCAAAAUUGAUAGUUCCGCCCGACCAUGCCCACACACAUUCCUCAGCUUCGUGGCUGGGUUGGCUGUGUGUGGACAUGAGCGAGCGGAGAUGGGACACAUAAGUACAACAUAAGACACACCCUGUGCAUCCACCAACUGAACUAGUCUGCAUGUCGCAAUACCUUUUGCACCUUGUUAAUUCUGGCUAAGCAUCUACAAUAAAUGGGAAUAGUAGAGAUAA